GGAUUAAACAGCAUUAGGGAGCCAAGAGAGGAAACACAUGUGGUGCUUGGAGACCUGUGCCUGCCUGUUCCAUUCCACACCCAGUCAUCUCACCACACCCUUCUCUCUUUAUAUUCCUCUCCAGUCCAGGAACUGGGAGCUACAGAGAAGGGAAAGAAGGAAGAGAAAGCUAACAAUUCCCUUCCCGCCCCACCCCCAUCCCCAGUGCAACUAACAGGUAGGCAAGCUCGCAGAGACUACCCGGAGCAGCAAACAGGUUUGAACCUGGAAAAGAAGAAAAGUAAAAGAUUGAAGCCUGGUUGGCACCCGAUCCUACUCCGGCUUCAGCCACCACCCCCACCCCCAUUUGGCAUCAGCUUGGGACCCAGCUCCAGCACUCAGUCUGCCCAGUUGCAUCCUCCCUUCCUGAUCCUGUCGCACCAGUUCCUGCUCUGGGAUCCAGUAAGCCAUGGCUGGUCCCUUCUCUCGUCUGCUGUCUGCCCGCCCCGGGCUCAGGCUCCUGGCUUUGGCCGGAGCCGGAUCCCUAGCUGCUGGAUUUCUGCUCCGCCCGGAACCUGUACGAGCUGCCAGUGAACGACGAAGGCUGUAUCCCCCAAGGCAAAUGUGGCUAACUGGACAGCUCCCAGCUGAUAGCACUAAGUGCAGGCCUCUGUGCCCUCCCUCCAUGGUUACUGGGUACCCCCUCCCCAGCGCUGAGUACCCAGACCUCCGAAAGCACAACAACUGCAUGGCCAGUCACCUGACCCCAGCAGUCUAUGCACGGCUCUGCGACAAGACCACACCCACGGGUUGGACGCUAGAUCAGUGCAUCCAGACUGGCGUGGACAACCCUGGCCACCCCUUCAUCAAGACUGUGGGCAUGGUGGCUGGAGAUGAGGAGACCUAUGAGAUAUUUGCUGACCUGUUUGACCCAGUGAUUCAAGAGCGACACAAUGGAUAUGAUCCCAGAACAAUGAAGCACACUACUGACCUGGAUGCCAGUAAGAUUCGUUCUGGCUACUUUGAUGAGAGGUAUGUAUUGUCCUCAAGAGUCAGAACUGGCCGAAGUAUCCGGGGACUCAGUCUGCCUCCAGCCUGCACUCGGGCAGAGCGGCGAGAGGUGGAACGCGUUGUGGUGGAUGCACUGAGUGGCCUGAAGGGUGACCUGGCUGGACGUUACUAUAGGCUCAGUGAGAUGACAGAGGCUGAGCAGCAGCAGCUUAUUGAUGACCACUUUCUAUUUGAUAAGCCUGUGUCCCCAUUACUGACUGCAGCAGGAAUGGCUCGAGACUGGCCAGAUGCUCGUGGAAUCUGGCACAACAAUGAGAAGAGCUUCUUGAUUUGGGUGAAUGAGGAGGAUCAUACACGGGUCAUCUCCAUGGAAAAGGGUGGCAACAUGAAGAGAGUGUUUGAAAGAUUCUGCCGGGGCCUCAAAGAGGUGGAACGACUAAUCCAGGAGCGUGGCUGGGAAUUCAUGUGGAAUGAGCGUUUGGGAUACAUCUUGACCUGUCCAUCUAACCUGGGCACUGGACUUCGGGCUGGAGUGCACAUCAAACUGCCCCUGCUAAGCAAAGAUAGCCGCUUUCCAAAGAUCCUAGAGAACCUAAGACUUCAGAAGCGUGGGACUGGAGGAGUAGACACUGCUGCCACAGGCAAUGUCUUUGACAUCUCUAAUUUGGAUCGACUGGGCAAGUCAGAGGUGGAGCUGGUGCAACUGGUCAUCGAUGGAGUAAACUAUUUGAUUGACUGUGAACGGCGCCUGGAGAGAGGCCAGGAUAUCCGCAUCCCUGCACCUCUCAUCCAAAACAAACAUUAACUCCCUAUCUCUGGCAGAUGACUCAAGUUUCCCAGGACUUCUUCCCAUUUAAUGGUGACCCAUUCUACUUGUCCUUAACCUGUCUCAACCUCCAGCCCCCAUCUUAGUAAAGACUCCUUGCUAUGCUUCAGCUGUCUGUGUUAUUUCUACUGGUGGGUGAGGGGUAGGGAUAAACCUCCAGGAAAUAAAAAGAAGCAGUGGAGUUGUUUAUGAUAGAAAGAGACUCCAGAUAAGGCAUGCCAGGAACACUGAUUCCCAGGUGGGUGGAAAGCAUUAGCAUUUUACCCAUAUUUCUCAUCUGCUUCCUGAGAAUAAUUGGGAUGUACUUCCAUUUGCACUUUAUUCAUUAUGAUGUAAGGUUUCUUGCUCAAUAAUCUCUCUUAACUGUAGAGACAGGCUCAUAGCAGGUGCCCAGUGAAGCUGAUGGUCAAUACCAGAACCCAGGAGGACUGUGACCACUCCUGGAGGCCCGAGGCUGAGCUUCGCCCUAUGAGGAAUAGAGGAAUAUCACAACUCUGCUUCCCAGGAGCCAAUGGUACUUGGAAACAAGUUCUCUUCCUAUAGACCCGUUCACUCCA